AUGAGCAUCAACAGCAGUCAAGUCGGUCAAACUCCAUUAGAACCACAAUCAUCAAACAAUAGCAGCCAAGAUGCUAUAGUGCGACUUAUAUCUAAUAAUACUAUCUCUACUGGUCAUCCAUCUGUAGAAAUCUCGGAGAGAAACAUGAUUCUAAGUCAAAUACCUGUUAUUCCUCAAGUACAACAUAAUAUUGUUUUAAAUACGAGACAAGAAGGACGACGAAGACGACGUCAACGGCAGCGCCAACGAAGACGAGAGCGUCUCCAAGCACUCCGUCAACCUAAUCAUCAAUAUCGACGAAACACACAUUGGCGUAGCGAUACUACUUGGGAUCAUUUAGAUCCUUUAGAAGAACCUAUGGACGAAAUAUACAACGAGCCACUUUUGAAUGCUUAUGAAUGGGAAACGAUGGAUCCAAGAGAAAGAUGGGAUCAAGAACAGAUCAAUGAAUUAGAAGGCUUUGCUGCUCUCGAAUAUUUACAAUUAAUACAAGAUGAGUUAGAACAAGAACAAAAUAUUGAAUACACUCAACAAAUAUUAGAAGAAGAAGAAAUAAUGCGAAACAAUAAUAUUACAUUAAGACUUCUUUUUUAUGAAACCAUGAUUCAAAUUAAUCAAACCUCUUUACAAUAUGUUCAACACACAGAAGAACAUUUGCAACAAUAUGAAGAUAAUGAGGAACAAUUGCAACAGAUUGAACAUGUCCAAGAAAUAUUAGAAGAGGAGGCAACAAUGCCAAAUAACCAUCUCCGAUCAUAA